AUGGCUGGCAAUCGCUUCAAACCGCUUUUCGACGCCUCUGCCAGCAACCCUCCCGCUCCCGCUCCCGCCCCGACAUCUGCGCCCGCGGGCUCCGUCCCCGGCGCAGAGUCAUCCGCCACUGCCAAGCCCGCUCGCCCUCCGCGUAAGCGAAAAGGCCACCGAGGGGGCAAGAACAAGAGGAAUCGACGCAAGAGCUUUGCUCUUCUACAUGAUGACAGCCACGAUGAGACCGACCGCGCCUCGUCCGCCGACGGCUUCUACAACCAUCCCCAAGGGAACCUCAGUGCCGGCAGCGUCGACAGCGAGAUUCUACUAGAUCAUAGAGAGCAUACUCCGAUGCGUGUUCGACGCUCCUCCACCAUCGCUCCCGAUCGUUUCCAGAAUCCACUUCCUAGCGCCAGUAGCCGAUUGCGCUCUGUCCAGACGCAUCACAGCAGCGACAGAUCCGGUCCUACAACGCCCUGGGACGAGACGGCUCCCUUACUCUCCGACUCUGGUCGCUUUGGUCCUGCUGCUUCCCCCAGCUAUGGUGGCGCUGACAGCAGAACCCAGAGAAGCAAGAGCCGCAGAUCAUCCAUCGUCUCGUCUACGACCAAGUUAGCCGCCGCAUUUGGCAGAAAGGAUCCCUAUCAUGUAAACAACCCCCCUUCCGUCCCAGGCUCUCCCACGUUUGGUACGCUCGAUCACCACAAUGAGAUGACAUUCGGAGAUGUCAUGCUCCGUGACGAAAUGGCCAUGCGAGCUGGCAGCCCUAAGCGGCCGACCAUGGAUGACCAACCUUUCUUCAACCCUGAGGAUGGGCAUCGCCACGAUAGUAUCAACACACCACAUCCUGACGCCGAAGCCGACGUCUGUUUUCCUACCGUUGGCAUGUCCGAAUUGGGCGAUGAUGAGGGUACUGCUCGUGGCGACGGUGCCCAGCAUAAAGCUCGCCGCCGUCGACGCCAUUGGCCAGAUCUGUCCGUCCUCGAGGAGUGGAGGCACUUCGAAAAAGAAGAUAGGAGUGAGGAACGCAGAGCAAAGAGGAUCACUGAACCCCAGCUCAUCAACGGCCGCUUGCGCCCUGUACGCAAAGGCUGGUUCCAGACCGAUGAAGAGGUCCCCUAUCGCUUUACUUACUUCAACGAGGAGUUUCAAAGCACCAUCCACAGCCACACCAUCUCAGAGCUCGUCCAACCGGGAGGGACAUUUCGUGAGCUCUUUAUCCCCGAUCACCGUAUCCUGUCCGAUGAUGAGUCUGAUUCCGGCGACGACACCACGUCGAUCCCAUCGCGAGCGCUCAACGUACCUACCGGCCUCGAUUCCGAUUCUCGCCGCUCUACUCGCCAACACUCCGUAUCCGAGUCCGCUCGUGGAGCCUUUUCCCCGCCUCGGUUCGCGCCGCCGACACAUACGCAACCUCUGGUGGACACCUCAACCCGUGAUAGCUCCAGGGCUCCGUCAGUCAGGGCGCCGCUGGCUGCCGCAGGGGAGCUCCGCAACUCGGACAGCACCAUGUUUAAACCACUCCCAGAACCUCUUGACCUGACACUCAAGCCGGAACGGCCGGUGCGAUACGGAGACCGGCCAGUAUGGUGGCUCAAUGUGGUCUGCCCCACAGAGGAAGAGAUGAAGGUCAUUUCCAAGGCGUUUGGAAUUCAUCCACUGACUGCUGAAGACAUCAUGGUGCAGGAGGCUCGUGAAAAGGUCGAGCUCUUCCGCCACUACUACUUUGUCAACUACCGGACCUUUGAUCAGGACAUUAACAGUGACAAUUUUCUGGAGCCCGUCAACAUGUACGUGGUUGUCUUCCGCGAAGGCGUUCUCAGCUUCCAAUUCUCCAUGACGCCACACCCGGCCAAUGUGCGGCGGCGUAUUCGUCAAUUGCGUGACUACCUGCUGCUGUCGUCGGACUGGAUCUCCUACGCAAUCAUUGACGACAUCACCGACGUGUUCCAGCCCUUGAUCCAGAACAUUGAGGACGAGGUUGACGAGAUUGAUGAGGCCAUCUUGCGGCUGCAUUCGCCCUUGGAAGACGCCGACGAGAAGAACAAGGACGACACGGCCACCAUUACCGACACGAGUGGCGAUAUGCUCCGGCGCGUCGGCGACUGCCGAAAGCGUGUUAUGAGUUUGUAUAGGCUCUUGGGUAACAAGGCCGACGUCAUCAAGGGCUUUGCCAAGCGCUGCAACGAGCGCUGGGAAGUGGCACCCAAGUCAGAAAUCGGGCUGUAUCUUGGCGAUAUCCAAGACCACAUCGUGACGAUGACUUCCAACUUAAGUCACUAUGAAAAAAUAUUGGCCCGCGCCCACGGCAACUACCUCGCGCAAAUCAACAUUCGCAUGAACGAGCGCCAGGAGCAGACGGCCGACGUCCUCGGCCGCCUUAGCGUCAUCGGCACCAUUGUUCUGCCCAUGAACAUCAUCACCGGCCUCUGGGGCAUGAACGUCUGGGUCCCCGGCCAAGAGUACGAGGGAAACCUGCAGUGGUUCAUGUUCAUCACGGCCGGCCUGCUGUGCUUUGGCAUAGCCUGUUACCUCCUCGCCAAGCGAGUGUAUAAAAUCGUCUAA